AGCCAUGCCCCUGCUGACCUGUACCUGAUGACCAAGAAUCCAGAAGAUUCUCCCAACGAACCGGACGUGCUGGAGAUAGAGUUCAAAAACGGAGUGCCUGUGAAGGUGAUCAAUGUGAAGGAAGGCAAAUCCAAAGACUCUGCACUGGAUAUCUUCUCAUACCUCAAUGAGAUUGGAGGAAAGCACGGAGUGGGUCGGAUUGACAUCGUAGAGAACCGUUUCAUCGGCAUGAAGUCCCGAGGGAUAUAUGAAACCCCAGGAGGCACGGUUCUGCUGAAGGCCCAUUUAGACAUCGAGACCUUCACCAUGGACAAAGAGGUGCGGAGGAUCAAGCAGGGACUUGGUAUCAAGUUCUCCGAACUUGUCUACAAUGGUUUCUGGUAUAGUCCAGAGUGUGAUUUUGUGCGACACUGCGUAGCCAAGUCUCAGGAGAACGUGGAGGGAAAAGUCCAGCUGUCUGUCUUCAAGGGUCAGGUCUACAUCCUGGGACGAGAGUCACCCAAGUCCCUGUACAACGAAGAGCUGGUCAGCAUGGACGUGCAGGGCGACUACGACCCAUGUGAUGCCUCUGGAUUCAUCAGAAUUAACGCCGUCAGGUUAAGGGAGCACCACCGUUUGCAGGGUUUCGCCGGCACCAAGAACUAAUUGUUCCAGCCAUGUGAACCAUCUUCCAUUCUUCCCUCCUCGCUCCACCGUGUCCUGAAGAGUAAUUGGUUUAAACUUCGUGCCUCCAUUGUGUACCUUUUGCCUUAUUGUCUAGUGUUGGUUGUAUUAGCAUCAGGGUAUCUGAAACACUAGCACCAGACUCUUAGUGUUGAACCGUUUCGUAGGUGGUGAAGAGAGGAGGAAGAAAAUAUGACAUCAUGUCUGAAUAAAGUCUACAGAUAAUUCUAAAUUAUACUGUGGAUGAAUACUUGAUAUCAAUGUGCUGGUGGAUGCUAUGAAUUGUUUUGGAAAUAAAAAGGAGUGGAUUGUU